GAAGGGCAUCUCUUUUUCAUUGCCGGAACAACAGUGAUUUGUUUCAUCGAAUAUUUUGCUUUCUCCCCUUCGCAUUUCUCCUCACUUUAUCUAUUUCAAACAACUUUCUUUCUUUGCCCUAGAGCUCCAGAUAGAGAGUUGAAGAAACCCUGUGGUGUUGGAGGGUUGGUGAAGGCUGAAGGGGUGUCCUUUUGUAAUGGGGAAGGGUUCGAAGAUCAACUGCAAGUCAGCAUCGCACAAGCUCUUCAAGGAUAAGGCUAAGAAUCGCGUUGAUGAUCUACAAGGGAUGUUCUUGGAUCUGCAGUUUGCCAGAAAGGAAAGCCGCACUGUUGAUGUUGCAGUGCUUGAGGAGCAAGUCCAUCAGAUGCUUCGUGAAUGGAAAGCUGAGCUCAAUGAGCCCUCUCCGGCAUCUUCUUUGCAACAAGGUGGUAGCCGUGGACCUCCUGGUUCAUUUUCUUCAGACGUUGGUCGGCUCUUGCAACUUUGUGAAGAGGAAGAUGAUGCAACUAGUGCACUGGCUGCACCAAAGCCUGAACCUAAUGAUCAAAAUCCACAAAUUGCUGAUACUGCUGUUUUCCAAGACAGUCAUGGCGUGAAUCAAGGGCAACAGGCACAUUGCAUUCCACUGGUUGAUCAUUGCAAAGACUCCCCUUUAGGAACCCACAAUGUAUCAGUCAACAAUGUUGAAGGAGCUACUCAAGUGGACUACCAUCCUCUGGACUUGCAUCAGGACUUUGGGCACAACUUCUACACUGGUUUCACCAGUACAGAUUUCUGUGGUAAUGAGGCAAUGGUAUCUAGCUAUCUGCCAUGUUUGUUCCCACCACCCUCUGCAUUCCUAGGCCCAAAGUGUGCACUUUGGGAUUGUCCUAGGCCUGCUCAAGGAUUGGACUGGUUUCUGGACUAUUGCAGUAGCUUUCAUGCUGAGUUAGCAUUAAGUGAAGGGCCACCUGGAAUGACUCCAAUUGUACGACCUGGGGGCAUAGGCCUCAAGGAUUGCUUGCUCUUUUCUGCUUUGGGUGCUAAGGCAGAAGGAAAAGAUGUUGGUAUACCAGAGUGUGAGGGUGCUGCCACUGCAAAGUCACCAUGGAAUGCUCCUGAGCUCUUUGAUCUUUCGGUUCUUGAGACUGAAACCAUAAGGGAGUGGCUCUUCUUUGAUAAGCCUAGAAGAGCAUUUGAGAGUGGGAAUAGAAAGCAGAGGUCUCUGCCAGAUUACAGUGGACGUGGCUGGCAUGAGUCAAGAAAGCAAGUCAUGAAUGAGUAUGGAGGGCUGAAGAGAUCAUAUUACAUGGACCCACAGCCAUUGAGCCAUUUUGAGUGGCACCUCUAUGAAUAUGAAAUUAACAAGUGUGAUGCUUGUGCUUUAUAUAGGCUGGAACUGAAGCGCGUAGAUGGCAAGAAGGGUGCUAAAGGUAAGUCAGCAAAUGAUUCAGUUGCUGAUCUGCAGAAGCAGAUGGUAAGGCUCACUGCAGAGUUCCCAUCUGAUAACAAGCGGCUUGUGAAGGGAAGGGCCAGAAUCAAUGCAAAGGUUGAUGGCACACAUUUUUAUUCCACAACAAAUGUGGAUGCACCAGCACAUGAUAAGUUUGAUUACGGGCUUGCUGUGCCGUAUGAUUAUCUUGUUGACAACAUAAGCAAUUACUACCAAACUUAGUCCAAGAAACUGGGAAGUGGAAGUAGCUGCAUUCUGCUAGUCUAGUUGCGUCAGCUGAAGCAUCUUAAUUUACAAGAAUAAUGGAAUUUAUGAAUAUUUAUGUGUCCAUUCUGCAGUUUUUCAUCAUCGGAAUCUUCAAGGUCUAGGUCUUAAUUAUGUACAGUUACAGGGAAGUGCUACAUUAGGCAAUCCUAGCUUGUGCUUGUUCUAACCUUUUGGAAGAAUGAAGAUUUAACCCAACUACAGAAAUGGCCAUUUUUAAUCGUCCAUUAGGAUUGGGGAGCUCCACAAACUCGCACUUCUUUUUGUAUGCUUUCAAAUUUUAUGCUGAAUAUCUCUCAGCUGUAAUGAAGACUUCCGAGUUUGUACCAGCACAUCUACAUAUAAGCAAAGAAAUACACUGCAAAAUCAUCCACAACUAUGAAAUAGUAAGUUACUUUUUAACAAAUUUAUGCAUUUUGU